AGUAACGAAUUCAUCACAGGAACAGAAAUGGGUCGUGUACGUACCAAAACUACGAAGAGAGCUUCUCGCGUAGUGAUCGAGAAAUACUAUCCUCGUCUCACGUUGGAUUUCCAAACCAACAAGAGAAUUGUCGAUGAGGUCGCUAUUAUUGCUUCCAAGCGUCUUCGCAACAAGAUUGCUGGUUACACGACUCACCUUAUGAGACGUAUUCAACGUGGCCCUGUCCGCGGUAUCUCCUUCAAGCUUCAAGAGGAGGAGCGUGAACGCAAGGACCAAUACGUUCCUGAAGUCUCUGAGCUUGAGAAGGAGAAGAUUAACGUUGACCAAGACACCAAGGACAUGAUCAAGGCUCUUGGCUACGACUCCAUUCCCACUCUUGUCGUCAACCCCUCUGCUCGUCCUGAGCGUACCUUCCGCUACAACAAGCACUAGAGGAUUUCGUAGAUUUUACAAAUCAAAAUUUUCAUUUUUGAAUGUCAUUGUGAUUUUGCUCAAUGCAGCAAGUUUGUAUUUUUUUUUAGUAUGUAAAAUUGAU